AUGCAGUUCUCCAACAUUGGCUCCGCCGUCAUGGCGACCCUCACCUUCGCCCUGACUGUCCAGGCCGCUGCUGUCCCCGAAACGGCCGCCAGAGCCGUCGAGAAGCGCGCCUGCCCUGGCGGAGGUCAUGCUGAGUGCAUGCCACUCCUAGCCACGACCUGCCAGAUGCGCUGCAGCGGCAGAAACCCCAUCCGUCUAGAGGUCUGCAACGAGAAGUGUAUCCAGCAGGCCAUCUUGAAAUUUCAUUUGUCAUCCCCACCCUCAUCCCCCUCCUUCUUCAUCUCUCAUCAGUUUCUUCUCCUUCGUGGAUCCUGGCUUCUUGAUUUCGCCAAGUUGGUCCUCUGGUCUAUCAUCUUCGCGGCUUCUUUGGGCACGGAAGCGUUGUUGAAAUUCUGGAUGGACGUUAGUGGGAUUGUGGGACUAGGGAUAACGCAGAGAAAAGAUAUGGGGCUGUGA